CACCUCUGCCAAGACGCAACGCCACCUCCUGAGUGAAAGGAGUGCGAGGUUCAGGGCACAGCAGUAAUUGCAGUCUUUUAUUUGUCCAUUGUAUCUUGGGGGCACGUAUAUGGGGAGGGGAGGUGAAGACAGGCCGUCUACCGAGACUUACAGGAGUUGGGCUUUUUGCGAAAAGGCAGUCGGGGACCCUCCCCUACCUCCACCUUCAGAUUAGUACUGCCCAACCCCCACCCGAGGCAGUCGCCCUCCCGGGCUGUGUCCUCGCCCUCGCGUCCAAGUGGAGCCUACAGAGCUCCAGACAUUUAGGUCACGGCCCCAAGCUGGUUGUUCCCGUUUCCAAGGCGUUUGCCUGAGCCCCCGACCCCCCAUUGCCACCCCAUCCUCACACUACAGACUCGGGGCACAGAUUGGUUUUAUUGAGAGACUUUAGACCGGCAAAGACCUUGUGAACAGGAGGGAUUCAGACAAGCUUCGAAAUCCUUUUCUCAACGGAAGCGUCUUUAAAUGCUAAGCAAAAGCCCACCUAGGUAUCGGGUAGGGAUCAAGGCGGAGUUGCGGGACGUCUGGAGCUCGGAAGUCUGGAAGGGGUUCGAAGGUCUGCGUCGGGAGCCGCACACAGGAACUCCCGGCUAAAGGCCGAUUGUGGGGGUCUCUCAAGUUGAAAGACUGGUGCAAACCACGCACGCGUGAGUCAGCGCUGCCCCAGGGGCCCUCCGCCCCCUGGAGGUGGGUCGUGUACCAGGAGUGGAGUAGAGUAGGCCAGGAGAAACUGGGCCAGGCUGCACUUUUAGCUCGAGGGGCCUCGAGGACUCUUCGCGUCUCUGGAGACAAGGGCACUACACGCACUUCAUAAUGAAGAGUUGCGGGAGCAUGCUGGGGCUCAGGGGGCUGCGGCUGCCCCCGGCGGGGAUCCUGCUCCUGUUGCCGUUCCUGCCGCUGCUGCUGCUGCCCGCAGCCCCCGCGCCCCAUCGCGCUCCCUACAAGCCGGUCAUCGUGGUGCACGGGCUCUUUGACAGCUCGUACAGCUUCCGCCACCUGCUGGAAUAUAUCAACGAGACACACCCCGGGACUGUGGUGACAGUGCUCGAUCUCUUCGAUGGGAGAGAGAGCUUGCGACCCUUGUGGGAACAGGUGCAAGGGUUCGGAGAGGCUGUGGCCCCCAUCAUGGCAAAGGCCCCUCAAGGGGUGCAUCUCAUCUGCUACUCGCAGGGGGGCCUGGUGUGCCGGGCGCUGCUCUCUGUCAUGGAUGAGCACAAUGUGGAUUCUUUCAUCUCUCUCUCCUCUCCACAAAUGGGACAGUAUGGAGAUACAGACUAUUUGAAGUGGCUCUUCCCUACCUCUAUGAGGUCUAACCUCUAUCGGAUCUGCUAUAGCCCCUGGGGCCAGGAAUUCUCCAUCUGCAACUACUGGCACGACCCCCACCACGAUGACUUGUACCUCAACGCCAGCAGCUUUCUGGCCCUGAUCAAUGGGGAAAGAGAUCAUCCCAAUGCCACUGCAUGGAGGAAGAACUUUCUUCGUGUGGGCCGCCUGGUGCUGAUUGGGGGCCCUGAUGAUGGUGUUAUUACCCCCUGGCAGUCCAGCUUCUUUGGUUUCUAUGAUGCAAAUGAGACGGUCUUGGAGAUGGAGGAGCAACUGGUUUAUCUGCGGGAUUCUUUUGGGUUGAAGACUCUCUUGGCUCGGGGAGCCAUAGUGAGGUGUCCGAUGGCUGGGAUCUCCCAUACGGCCUGGCACUCCAACCGUACCCUUUAUGAGACCUGCAUUGAACCUUGGCUCUCCUGAGGAUGUCCUCAGGGAUCCCUCAGGAACUUCCCAGCCCAGAGACCAAGCGGUGGCCUUGGAAAGCAGAUGUCAGCUCCGGUGUGCCUGCAACCACCCCAUUGCUCCCACACUGCCCCCACCAACCAGGGCUCCCAGGACUCCCUUCCUGUGCUCCUCUGUAGAUGAUAAAUCCUGGUCUCCCCCAACCUCAUGUUUGGGGUUUGCUCCACGCUCUCUCACUCUCCCGAGGCCGGGAAGAGAGAAACCAGGUUUUUAUCUCGUGGCUGCUCCUGCUGCUGUGGUUGCUCUGUCUCUGGCUGUAUAGGAGAACCCAGCCCCUGCCCACUACAGGGGUCUCCUUCUAGGCCACUCAGGACAUUUUUAGCUCCUGUUCUCCCCAUGUUCCUUUUUUCUCAGCCCUCCCAACUCCCAGGAAGGACUACCCAUGAGAGUGGGGUUCUGAGGCUCCCCUAUGGGGACAGUUCCGUUCUUGAAAUGUCAGUAUUGGGGAAUAUCUAUGGCCUGUGAGGCCCAUCUCAGGUUUGGGGAUCCCCCAGUCCCUCUGUUCAGUGUUGGGGUACCCCCUGGGAGCCUAGUGUCUUUGAGGCCCCAGCCCCUUUUAGCUACCAUUGAAUGGGUGUUAACCCUGUAUUUAUGGAAAUAAAAGUCCAUUUCCUCA